CCAAGGCCCGGUUUUCCGCCUAGCAGAACCGGUGCUGCACAGCUGGGUCCCUGCACGCCGGCGCAAUGGACGUGUCGUGGGCCACGCAAGAGAGUGAGGCGGUGGCGGAGAAGGUGCUCCGGUACCGACGGGACGAGUCGGGCUGGAAGAAGUGCCGGGAAGGCAAUGGAGUUUCAGUUUCCUGGAGGCCAUCUGAGGAGUUUCCAGGGAAUCUGUACCGAGGAGAAGGGAUUCUGUGUGGGACACCGGCAGAGGUGUGGGAUUGCAUAAAGCCAGUGGCCGGAGGCCUCCGGGAGAAGUGGGACGACAACGUGACCAGCUUUGAAAUUGUCCAAAGCAUCACGGAUAUGCUGUGUGUGAGCCGAACCUCCACACCCUCGGCUGCCAUGAAGCUUAUUUCUCCCCGGGACUUUGUGGACUUGGUGUUAGUGAAGAAAUAUGAGGAUGGCACCAUCAGUUCCAAUGCUACCCACGUGGAACACCCAUCGUGUCCCCCAAAGCCAGGCUUUGUGCGAGGAUUUAACCAUCCAUGCGGGUGCUUCUGUGAACCACUGCCAGGGAAGCCUUGGCAUGGAAGGAGUUUUAACCUUGCUGACCUCCGGAAAGGGCCAUCGAAAACAGCUAUUAAUAGCCACAAGGAACAGCUGGAGCCCAACAAAACCAAUCUGGUCACCUUCUUCCAGACAGACCUGAGCGGCUACCUCCCUCAGAGCGUGGUAGACUCCUUCUUCCCUCGCAGCAUGGCUGAGUUCUACCCCAACCUUCAGAAGGCCGUGAGGAAAUUCCAUCACUGACACAGUUGGCAAGAGACGCCCGCCCUUCGGGAGCUCCAGCUGGUGAUCCUCAAAGACCACGGAAGAGCUACUGUGGCCUUUGGAGAUGCCCUGGUGAACAGGAAGUCUCGGGGUGCCAGUCCAGGACAGCAGCCCCUCCCCCUCUCCCCCACACCCCACGCCUCCUUCCUCUCGGUGCUGGUGUGGAAGGAGCUGUCCAUCAGCUUGCGGUGGUACACACCUGGCAGGCAGGGCAGAUACUGCUAUGGCCACCAGACAAAGCCAUGGCUCAGGCACGCUUUGAGUCCUUGUGGUCCAGGGCCCUGCGUCCUGCCGUCACACACCUGUCUCUGUGCUGGUCUUAGGUAACCGUCUUCUGUCAUCCUGCCUCUUCUGGCAUCUGGAGUUCCCAGGCUUUUCUCCCAGACUCCUGUGUUUAUUUUCUGAUGCAGUUUUAUAUACCAGUUUUUAACACAAGACUCCCCCGCCCCCACUACAAAGAUGUCCAACUUGGAAAAUACGUUUUAAAGCCCAGAAUAAGCCUUAAGGAAAAAAACACUUUCCGCCUAAUAUUUGUUGUAUCUUCUGUCAGAAUCAUCAUCCUUUCCUAAAUGUUUGUCCCUUCAUGAGUUGAUAUUAGUUCACGUCCCCAUGAAACCAGUUUGAAUCUGACCCAGGCCAAAUUGUGUCUUUGGGAGGGAGGGAGUGUUCUGUGACCUGUGUACGUGAUUCUGUGUGGGGCCAGCUGCUCCCGUGUGCAUAGAGGAGUCUGGAAAGAGCCCCCUGGCAUAUACCUCACUAUGUCCUCAGUCAUGGGGGUGAGGCAAGAGUGCUCUGGUCCCCUGGCCCCAUCAGGCCUUGCUGCCAUUAGGAAGGAAGGAAGGAAGGACAAGCCCACGGUAUCUAACAAUUGCCACAAAACCUGCCAUUCCAAUAGGGACAAAUGCUGUCUCCUUAGCUUUUCAAAUACAUUCAGAGUCCUGCUUUUCAUAGAAGAAAGGAGAGAUCUCUGGCGGCUGACACUGAUUGCUUGAAAACUCUUCAGAGCCAUGAUCCCCUCACAGUCCAGCCGGCUUCUCCCCCUUUAGUAGAGUUUAAUAAUUCCUCUGCUCCUCCAUUUGUUCUUCACAUCAUGAGGGGUGGGCUCUAGUCGAAGGGCUCAUUGGACACAUUUGCAUUUUGAUGAGGCUGGUUCAGACAUUUUGCCUAGAUCUAUCUGGUUUUCUUGCUGCGGCUCUGUUCCCUGGGGUUGGGAUACUGACUGUUGAUCUCUCUCUGUCGUCUCUCUCUCUGGUUUUGUCUCCGUGUUAAGCCUACUUGCCGUACCAUUCUUUGGGAUGCGAUCCACCUUGGGUUUUGAGACAGGCUUUCUCACUGACCAAAUAGGCUAGGCUGGAUGCCCGGCGAGUUCCAGGGAGCUGUGUCUUUCUGCUUCCUCGGGUCUGUGAUUGCUAGCAAAUGCUCCCACACCUGGUUCUUUUGUUUCCGUGUGUCUGUUUGGUUUUAUUUGUUUUUAUUUGUUUUUGUUUUUGUGUUUCUCUGGUCUCUGGGGGUUGAAUUCAGGUCACCAUGCUUGUAUAGCAAGCACCUUGCUGACCACUGUCUCCCCAGCCCCACACCUUUUGUUGUUGGAUCAAAUUUAACUUCUGUUAGAUCUAAAAGGCUGAUACAAAUGGUGUCUUGGAUUUUUCACCUACUUAUCCGCUAUAGGGCAAAAUGCAAAGUGGGCUGGAGAAAUAAGCAUGCCAGCUCCAGUAAUAGGCGGUCAUUUCUCAGAGUAGGUGAGACUCGGCUCUGCAAGGGUCACUGAAGGCCUUUGCAUGAAGAGCAGAAGUCUUGGCUUCAAAUUCUGGAGAGGCCAGCAGGUUGUGCCGGCCAGCAACAUCCCAUCCAUCGGCAGGGCCCUGAAAUAAAUGGUCUCUGGUGUUCUGUCUGUGGUCCUUGCCAGGCCUUCCCCAUGUCAUCCUUAUUUCAUGGGAACAGAGGACUAGGGAUGAGGAUCUGAACCCCUGGCCCAGACCUAAUAAACCGUACUUGCUGUGGAUCA